GCCGCAUCUGACAGACAACCGACGACACAUGGUCCUCAUCCCGUCCAUUCCCAUCCCGUCCUGAGCCGUCUUGAAUACCUGAAUACCUGAAUACCACUUGUCUAACCAUUGACCCAACAUUGCGCUGUCGCUGUUGCUGCCGUUUCCGUUGCCGUUUCUUCUGUUACCGCCCCAUCUCCUGCCCGUAAAACGACCUCCCCUAUCUUCACCAUGUCGGGGAACCGCAACUAUGAUUUCCUUAUCAAACUCCUGCUGAUCGGCGACUCGGGUGUGGGCAAAUCAUGCUGCCUGCUACGGUUUAGCGAAGACUCAUUCACGCCAUCUUUCAUCACAACUAUCGGCAUCGACUUCAAGAUUCGGACCAUUGAGCUAGAUGGCAAGCGUGUGAAGCUACAGAUAUGGGAUACUGCUGGCCAGGAACGAUUCCGAACCAUCACAACAGCCUACUAUCGUGGUGCCAUGGGCAUCCUCCUCGUUUACGAUGUCACCGACCAGAGAUCUUUCGAAAACAUCCGAACAUGGUUCGCGAACGUAGAACAACACGCUACCGAAGGGGUCAAUAAGAUCUUGAUUGGCAACAAGUGCGACUGGGAAGAGAAGCGUGUAGUAUCAACAGAGCAAGGCGAGGCCCUGGCGAAAGAGUUGGGCAUCCCGUUCCUUGAAGUAUCCGCUAAAAGCAACAUCAACAUCGACAAGGCCUUCUACAACCUGGCCGCCGACAUCAAGAAACGAAUUAUCGAUACCUCCAAGUCCGAUCCCUCUUCAUCGUCCAAUGUCGCAGUCGGUCGCGCAGCUACAGAAUCUGGUGGCGGCAAAUGUUGCUAAGUUUGGAGUGUAUACUACCGCCAUCAAUGCAGCCUUCAGAUGAGUGAGGUAGAGACGGUGAUCGGAAAGAGGCGGAAACAGGAAACGAGACUACAUAGGGGCCCUCUGGUCUCACAGCUUUGUUGAGCUCGUUGGUCUAGCUUCGAAACAAUGUGGGAGGAACUUAGCGUUAAUAUCAUGUGUUCCCUAAGCGUCGAACAAUAGAUCGAGGGUAUGAAUUACGGAGAGCAAGAAGAUGAAGGAAACAGCCCCCCAAAAUGUCGACGGUCUGUAUCAUCAAUCAAAGGGGGGGGAGCAAAUUUCGUCGUUUUGGGGGAUUUGAUC